GUCCGCGUUCCAGCAUGCGUGUGUUUCAUUCCAAUGGUCAACGUUUUCCGUUAGUGGCGUUCAAUGUCAAUGUUCGAUGUUCAAUGGAAGUGAACUCUCUUCCGGUUGAGUUCUGAAUCGAACAAGAUGGGUAAGCCUCGUGGAUUGCGUACAGCCCGGAAACAUGUUAAUCAUCGUCGGGACCAGAGAUGGAACGACAAAGAUUAUAAAAAGGCGCAUCUCGGAACCAGAUGGAAAGCGAAUCCGUUCGGUGGGGCAUCCCACGCGAAAGGAAUUGUUCUUGAAAAAGUGGGUGUGGAGGCAAAACAACCCAAUUCUGCAAUCAGGAAAUGUGUUCGAGUACAGUUGAUUAAGAAUGGCAAGAAAAUAACAGCUUUUGUACCUAGAGACGGUUGUCUCAAUAAUAUAGAAGAGAACGAUGAAGUUCUAGUCGCCGGGUUUGGGCGUAAGGGACAUGCUGUGGGCGACAUCCCUGGCGUCCGUUUUAAAGUUGUUAAAGUGGCCAAUGUUUCGCUAUUGGCCCUUUAUAAGGAGAAGAAAGAGCGCCCUAGAUCUUAAGUCUUUGAAUCUGUAUAUGGCUUAUUUAUUUAAGAACAUUUAAAAAAAAUAAAAACUUUCCUGUUUGGAAAAAACAAA